AUGCAGACCUCCGCUUCCGAAUUCAAAAUCAUCGAUAUCUCAAUUGGCACGGUCGCACUCCUGGCGUCCCUGACCCAAUUAUCGUACAUAAUCAAAAGCUUCAAUGUCUUUCUCCAGGGGGUAAUUGCAGCCCUACUGUCCGUGCUGAUCAUUCAAGUCCAGUUCAAAGUGCCCCCCAAACUGUACCAGUACGCGUCCUUCUACUUCAGCUUUCUCGGGAGGGGACUCCUCCAAAUACUGCUGGCCACACUAGUCGCACAUGGUGGUGUGCUCAAAUACAUUGCGGCGGUCCUCCUUUUCUUCAGCGGGAUCGUGUUCAUCUUUUGCCAUUUCGCUCCCUUCAUCGAAGAACCAGAACUGUUCAGACUCAAUAACGGGAACGGGCUGUCCGUUGGAGACGACCAAUUCGACGGCGGCGACGAUGAUGACGAGGUGAUCUGA